AUGGAGGAAAUAAAAAAUAUGUUAAAAGUAAUGCAAGAGGAAAUAAGACAACAAAAAGUCGAUAUGCAGGAUAUGAAGGAGGAUAUUAAAAACACUAUUAACAGCAAUAUUAACGAGAAGUUUAAAUGUCUAGAAACCAAAAACGAGCUUUUAGAACAGAAACUAGAAACGCAGACAAUAAAAAUAAAUAAUUUGGAGAGGACCAUAAGAAAGAAAAAACUACUCAUAUUCGGAGUCUCUGAAGACGAAAAGAGCUACUGGGACCUAGAGGAAAUGGUUAUUGAUAUAAUAAAUAACGUAAUAAACAUCAAAUGCGAUAGCAACGGUAUUGAAUGCGUGAGAAGACUUGGAAAAAGGGAGAAAAAGUCAGACCCAUCGUUAUAA